AAUGACAAAUGAACACUGGUAAGACCAAGGCAACAGCUGAAUCCAUUGCUCUUGCAGCUUUGUCUGGUCAAUCUGGUCAGAGAAGGGAAACUGGUAAAGAUGGCAAGAAAUCUCAGAAACUUUUCUGUCGUUAUUGCAAGAAGGACAAUCACCUGAUAGAGGAUUGUUUCAAACUGAAGAACAAGAGGAAGAACGAGUCGGGUGGCAGGAGUUUUGCUGGUUCUAUUGAUACCAAUGGUAAUGAUGGAGUGGUUUCCUCAGGAGGAAGUUCUCAGAGUCCCAGCAGUUCAAUUUCUGAGAACAGAACCAGCCAAGAGGGCCAAUCUAUCUAGUUUUCAGCUGAAGAGAUCCACAAGUUGCGUAGCCUUCUUCAGCAACAACUUGAUCAUUCACCUGCUCAAUUCCCUCAGUCCAAUUCAGUGCUAACUCGACCCAGUCCACCUCGUCACACCAUUUCACUAGCACUUGUCUUUCCAUCAACUCCCAGGAUGCAUCUUUUGCUGUUUGGGUGCUUGAUACAGGUGCUAGUGAUCACAUUGUUUGCAAUGUUAAUCUAUUUUUGAAAUCUCAGGAAGUUCAUAAUAUGUUUGUUAAUCUACCUAAUGGUCAGCAAUCUAGGGUGACUCAUUUAGGACGGGUUAAGUUGCCUUGUGGCAUUACCAACGUUUUGUUGGUGCCUUCUUUUUCCUAUAACCUUAUUUCUGUCAGCCAGUUAACCAAAAACACUCCAGUAUCACUCAUGUUUGAAUCCAACUUCUGUUGUAUCUAGGGCCUAAUAUCACAAUAGAGGAUUGGUUCAAUCCGAGUAGAUAGAGGACUAUACUUGCUUGGGAGUGCUGCUGGAAAACCAAACAAUACCUUACCUCAAAUCUGUGGAGUGAAGACCAGUCAGGACUCAUCUUUGUGGCACCUUAGGCUUGGCCAUUGUCCCUUACUAGAUUACAGACUAUUCACAAACAUUGUAAUGAAGUUUCAGUUCCUUC